CUUUUCUGCCCAGAAAAAAUUUCAUCUAUAAAUCGGGAAAGAGGAGCGAUUUUGAGCGGGCGAAGAGAGAUUGGAAUUGGCAAUCGCAGCUGAAAUUCGUCGUCUUUGGUCAGACAAUUCUUCGAGACGCCAUUGUUGAUCAGCAGUCUCUGCAUCUACGAGGUUAACAAUCAGUAAGGGAGUGGGAGACGGCGGCGUCGGAGCUCAGGUGCUGCGAGGAGACAUGCAGACCGUGGUGUUGAACCCGCCAUCCUGCUGGCUCCGGCAAGCCCUAGACCCAGCCUCCUCCGCUUCCACCACCAGCACGAAGGUUCCAGCUCCUCCCUCUCGGAGCUCCAGCUUAUUGGGAACUCGGGUCUCGCUCGGGGAAGGGAGUAAUCCUGCGCGGCAAGCAUCAUGCAGGUCUGUGCCGGUUCGGACACCCGUAUCCAGGCGCAGACAGGUUGUGAAAGCUGUUGCUACUCCUGAUCCAGUAGUGGAGCUUCCACUGACUGCAGAGAAUGUUGAGAGUGUACUAGAUGAAGUCCGACCGUAUCUCAUUGCUGAUGGGGGUAAUGUGGCUUUGCAUGAGAUUGAUGGCAACAUUGUAAGGCUUAAGCUACAAGGAGCUUGUGGCUCUUGCCCAAGUUCAGUUAUGACAAUGAAGAUGGGCAUCGAGCGUCGAUUAAUGGAAAAGAUUCCCGAAAUAGUCGCGGUGGAGCCUGUGGCAGACGAAGAAUCAGGACUCGAGCUGAAUGAGGAAAAUAUAGAGAAGGUCCUUGAGGAGAUAAGGCCGUACCUCGUCGGUGCAGCAGGUGGGUCUCUUGAACUAGUGGAAAUCGAGGAGCCCAUCGUAAAAGUGAGGAUAACAGGGCCUGCUGCCAGUGUCAUGACUGUUCGAGUUGCUGUGACACAGAAGUUGCGGGAGAAGAUUCCAGCUAUUGGAGCUGUUCAGCUUCUCGGCUGAUGAAAAGGUCGAAAACUUCCAUUCUUAGCGCGGAAUUUUCUGAUGAAUUACACUUGCAAAAGAGAAUUACUGGCUGUAUACUAUUUAUGAAAUCAAGAUGAGUAGCAGUAUCUUGUAUACAGUUCCCAGGUUAGGUUUCUUCACUGUUGUUCUGGUGGCAGGAGUACUCUGCGAUGCCAUGUAAAGAUACUAAGUUUUGUUUUGUUCGUGCCUGCCUUGAAAAGUAACAGAGUUAAAAUCGAUUUGGCAGGUUUUAUAUGAACAUUACGAUAUUAAAUUGAUUCUUCUCCAUUUGAUAGAC